AUGGCCGGAAAGGGCAAAGGUGAUCUCACCGAGGUAGCUAUAGCUGUCAUGACGUCAACCGGCGAGCGGUUCCUCGCGGGAAUAGGGAACCGAAACCUCUCAUUCCGCUCGCGCAAAGAGCCGCCCGCGAACCGCCACCGGUUCAGCAUUUCAACCUUCCGGGGGAUGCAGGCGCCCGAGCUGAGCAAGAAGAUGACCAAGCUGAUCAAGAGCGAAAACUCCGCCAUCGGGGCCCACGAAGCUGCGGGUCGUGAGCGCACUUCCAUCGCCGCUCAGCUGUCCGAGUGGGGUGAAGCUACAGAUGACGACAACGUCUCUGACAUCUCCGACAAGCUUGGUGUCAUGCUCGCUGAGAUGGGUGAGCAGGAAGAUGUCUUUGCGCAGAACCUCGAGGACUACCGCGGUAUCCUGAAGCAGAUCCGCGACAUGGAAGCUUCGGUUCAGCCGUCGCGCGAUCAGCGCCAGAAGGUCACAGAUGAGAUCGCCAAGCUCAAGUACAAGGACCCGUCUAGUGCGCGCCUGGUCACUCUGGAGCACGAGCUAGUCAGGGCUGAGGCCCAGAACUUGGUUGCUGAGGCGCAGCUGUCCAACAUCACGCGACAAAAACUGAAGGAGGCGUAUGAUCUCCAUUUGGCGGCUGUUAUUGAGCGUGCUGAGAAGCAGACCAUCUUGGCUCGUCAUGCUCGUCGCCUGCUCAACUUUAUUGAUGACAGCCCCGUUGUUCCCGGUGAUGCACGUCAAGCGUACGACCACGAGCUUGAGGCUCGCCAGGUCCUCGAGGAUGCCGAGAACGAUCUCCGCGGAUGGGAGUCCACUGUCGAGCCCAUCACCUCAGCUGCCGACCGAGGUUCUCCAACUCGUGUCAACGGUAUCAGCCACUCCGGUCAUGUCAACGAACUGAACGACGUGGAAGAGCACGACUCCGAUGUUCUGGAUGAUGCCUCUGCGAUCGAGACCAACAACGUCACUGCCCCGGUGGAGAGUGGUGCGCCCCCAGCUAAGAUGUUGGUUGAGCCCGCUGCGUAA